CUUCCCUUUACCUCGCUCUCUUUCACAGUUUAAACAAGGAUGCGACCAGAAAAACCACAUUUUAGUCGAAUAGUCAAAUACAUGAUUUUUCUAUAUGUUACAGGAACGUUAUACGUUCUUGUCAACCGGGAUCUCCCAACGCUUCCUUCCGAAGCUGACUUGAGUUUGAAUAGCCGAGAUUCUCUUGAUUCUGAAUCGCCGGCAGAGAAUGUAAUUACCUCCACUACAUGGGUAAAUUCCAAACGAAAGCAAACCGCACUGUGGAUCAAUAGCAAAGGUGAAAGCGAAACGUUACCUGAGAGUGUUAUAUUAUCGAAAUCCUUUUCUCAGUCCAUGGGAGCACCGAAUGUCACUCCAUAUUAUUUUAAGGCUACCGAGCACUUUAGCCAAAACGAUAUUACUAUCUGCACAUUGGUCACGCAUGAUAGAUUUCCCGUCUUGGCACGACUGGUCAAAAAUUACAAAGGUCCGGUAUCUGCUGCCAUUCAUAUCAAUGACGAUGACCAGCGCGACAGUAUUGUGGAAGAUCUUCAGCAGAUAUAUGAAACUGAACCUUUGGUCAGACAAUACCUCGAUGUCCAUUUAAUAAUCGACAAACAUGACCGCCAAUUUAAUUUGUGGAGAAAUGUUGCAAAGCUGUUCGCACGCACAGAAUACGUGAUGAUGCUAGACGUCGAUUUUCAUAUUUGUACCAAUUUUCGAGAAUCGAUCCGCCAAAGUUCUAAAGCCAUGGAAUUGCUGCAAAGCGGAAAAGCAGCUCUCGUUGUUCCUGCUUUCGAAUUCAACAAGCAAUCAGAAGGACUAGAUUACGCAACUUUCCCCAACACGAAGAAAGACUUGCUUGAGCUGGUGACGAAGGACCAGAUUGAUAUGUUCCAUAAGAAAUGGCUGCCUGGACACAUGGACACCAAUUACACCCAGUGGUACACUUCAUCUAAGCCCUAUCGAACAAAAUCGUAUCAACACUCAUACGAGCCAUACAUUAUAUACAAAAAGGAAGGAACACCAUGGUGCGACGAACGAUUCAUUGGAUAUGGUGCUAAUAAGGCAGCCUGCUUAUUUGAGAUUUACAUUAGUGGUGUGGAAUAUUGGGUGCUACCCAACGAUUUCCUCAUUCAUCAAACCCAUUAUUAUCCAGAGGAUACAAGAACGAGAGAGCGUCGAUACAAUCGCCAGUUGUACGAGGUCUUUCGAGAAGAGGUUUGCCUGAGAUACAAUCGCAAGUUCAAAGCCAAUGGCGUGUGGAAUGGUCCUGAGGCAGCAAAUGCCAGAAAGGAAUGCUCCAAACUUCGUGGCUUUAGAGCUGCGGCAGCAAAUCUUGGUUAGUUUUUCAUGCCCAUUCUCCCUAUUAUAGAUUACAUGGUCGCAUCAUACCCUAUAGACUUCCAUUUUGCAUCAUAUUAUUUAUUUUAUACUAUAGCGCUCUGAUUUUUCUUCACGCUUUGUAUUUAUUUGGCAAGCCUCACCUUUGCCAACCACUUGUACAUGUAAAUGCCCUUUCUUUUUUCCCAUUUGUUGCAUACUGAGUUACUAAAUAGUAACUACAAAACGAAAUCUACAUUGCUUUUCUAAACGAAUAAUCU